AUGGCCAAACAAGAACACCCGAUCUUGACCACUUUCCGCUUCCCUCCCUCUGGAGAUGACUAUAUAUCCAAAAUCAAUGUUUGGUCAACGCACUCUGAGGUAUCGAGUGAUACAGCAUCGCCAACCUCGGAUGCGACCCUCUUUGAAGAUGCGCCCCUAUGUCCAGUCAGCCCGUCAGGCUGCGGUGAAGACACCCCGGAUUGCACAGAUCACAACGACACCCUAGGGAAGGGAUUAUCAGCCAAGUGCGCCAAUCAAGUCAAACCGUACGAACCGACUCCAAUGGCGAGGAGGUAUGUUCGACACUGCCGGCACAUCUUGUCUAGUUCGGUCGUUGACGCUGCCGAAACACUUUCAACUUCCUUGCGAUCGAGAGCAAAGACGAACGAUGGCCUGAUUUUGUUCAGAGCAAAGCCCUCUAAAGAGCCUGCAGCCAAUGUUCACAGGGGCAGACACCGUCACAGAAUUUCUCUGAAUCUCCCAGUGAACUCGCAUGCUGGCCAGCGCAGCGGAACUCAGCAAUCUCGACAGCCUGAUACUGAGGAUUUGACCCAGCCGUUGGUUGGCGACGAGACCGCCUAUCCUGCUACCAAAUCGGAUACAUGGCCUGCAGAAGAACGGGAUCUGGAGUACAAGCACCGACAUACCUUUAUAGGAACCGCCUCGCUGGACGACUUCAUAGAAGUUCUAGAAAUCUCCAAAACACACACCACUACCAAAGGCGCAGUCGCUCGAGCAUUCGUACAGCUAGCUUUAGCAGAGCAGCUUUACGCUCGACAAUGCUCUACUAGGAACAAUGGAUGGGAGCUUAUCACACGAACAUCACUGACCGUCAUGGACGUUACUAGCGUCGAUUAUGUCGUACAGUUGCGAGUUAAGCUGGGUUGCAUCACUCUGAGGCAGUUUCUAGAUUUGAUACUUUUCGAUGAAGUUGAUGAGGUAGCGGCGGUGCAUGUCGUUGAAGCCUUCUCAAUUGCCAGCCACAUGGACACGACGGCGGCUAUAGGAACAACUAGCAAGGCGAAAGCUUUCAGGAGUUGGUUGGUCGAGCAAAUGAAAGUCGACGCAGGUCAUUGA